UACAGGAGAUGACCAGAGACUGCAGAUAUAGUACAGGAGACGACCAGAGACUGCGGACACAGUACAGGAGAUGACCAGAGACUCCGGACAUAGUACAGGGGAUGACCAGAGACUGCGGACACAGUACAGGAGAUGACCAGCGACUGCGGACACAGUACAGGAGAUGACCAGAGACUGCAGAUAGUACAGGAGAUGACCAGAGACUGCGGACACAGUGCAGGAGAUGACCAGAGACUGCGGACACAGUAUAGGAGAUGGACCAAAGACUGCGGACACAGUACAGGAGAUUGACCAGAGACUGCGGACACAGUACAGGAGAUGACCAGAGACUGCGGACACAGUACAGGGGAUGACCAGAGACUGCGGACACAGUACAGGAGAUGACCAGAG